AAGGCCGAAUAUCUCUUCCUCCAGCUCCAAGCUCGGGAUCAAGACCUCGCGCUGUACGAAGCCAAGAUGGACACGUACACGAAACUCGAAGGCAAAAUGUCAGCCAAGAUCCACGAGCUCCAAGGCCAAGUUGCCUAUUACGAAGGCAAGUUCAAGGAG